AUGGGAAACAAUUAAAUAAGCGGUAAUGAGCAUAUAGUAAAAGACUUAGGAAACAACUUUCCAGAUGGAGAAAAGUUCUUUGGUUUGCAAAAUAUAGACAAUAUAUGCUAUUCUAAUAGUAUUUUUUAAGCAUUCUACAACUGUGAGCCAUUCAAAAAAAAGGUGUUAGAAUACAAAAGCAACAAGGAAACAAAAGAUAACCCAAUAUCAUUGCUUUAGGAGUUGUUUUAGGAAAUAUAAUUUAGCAAGAAAAAGACAGGAGUGUGUAGCUCAAAGAAAAUAAUGAAAUAUGUCAGAAAAGGUAAUCCUGAUUUUAAAGGAGAAAACCACUAAGACUGUCACGAAUUUUCAAUAUGGUUUUUAAAUUAAAUGAACGAUGUCCUAAAUAAAAAAUAUAUAAAAUCUAAAACUAAUCCUAAUCCUCCUCCUAAAAAUCAACCAUCAUGGAUAGAGGAGAUCUUUGGAGGAAUUCUAACAACACAAACAACUUGCUUGAACUGCUAAAAGAUCACUGAGAGAGAUGAGCCUUUUCUAGACCUCUCGCUUGAUAUGAACAUGAAUUCUUCCCUAACUAAUUGUGUUAAAAAAUUGUCUGAUAUAGAAAAAAUGAGUGGUGAUGAUCAGUUUUUUUGUAAUACUUGCAACUCCAAGCACGAUGCAGAAAAAAAGAUUUUAAUCAAAAAAUUACCACAAACUCUCAUUUGUCAUCUAAAGAGGUUCAAAUAUGAUGAUAGAUUAAACAGAAUGAUAAAACUCUUUUGGAGAGUAGCGUUCCCUCUUGGAAUAAAGCUCACUCCAAAUUAUGUUCCACCAGAUUAACAAAACAAACAAGAUUUGCACACUGAAAUGAAUUACUAACUUAAUUCUGUUAUUAUACAUCAUGGAUAAGGCCUAUCUAUUGGCCACUAUACUGCUUUAAUUAAGAAAACAGAUAUCUGGUAUUUGUAUGAUGAUGAACAAAUUAAUAAAAUAUAAGAAUCCGAUUAUUAAGAAUAUUUUGGCAGUAAUAAUAUUCCUUCGUGUGCUUAUAUGCUAUUUUAUUAGCAAAAAGAAGAUGAUUGA